CUGGCCAACACGUCUACGCGCGUGUGUUAUAAAUACCGUCAUCACAAUAAGGCCACCGGCACAAUAAUUAUCAUUCACCGGUACCUAUUACACGCGUAUCGCGCGCUCAAACGUCCGCCGACCGGACAUGGACGCGUUGCGAUCGUCGCCGUUGUGACGUACGCGUCUCGUGAAGUACGGGAACCGCGACGAUAGCGGAGACGGCACGCGCCUCCGCCGUGACACCGGACAAUGAUGGGCCACGGCAUGGUAGCCGCGGCCGUCCUGCUGGUGUUCCGUGCGGCCGUCCUCAUGGACGCGGCCGCGGCCAACGUGGACAUUGGCCGCGGAGUGGACGUGCUCCAGCGGUUCGGCAUCAUCGGCGACGUGCUGUACGGCGACGUGUCCAACACCAAGGAGACGGUCACACGCGACAUACUCGAAGGCGCCGAUCGUUUCACGUGAGUAAAACAACAACCGUACAACCUACGCCACAGCCGCAGCCGCACAACACCAUUAGAUCGAUGAUAUUAAGCGGUGCAUAAUGUUGUAUGGGCUGCGUCCGAGUUCCGUCCUGAACGUAAAAUUUGAAUUUAUGAAUAUACUAUUUCCGUCCCGGGUUUUUAAAAUGGAUGUAAUUCCGUCCCAUGUAAUUUAUUUAGUUAUACCGGAGUUCCGUCCCUUUUUGCGUUUUCUACACUAUUAUAUCAAUAUAGUAUACAAUUUACGACUAUGAUAACAAUUUUAUAUUAUUUAGAAAUAAAGAUAUUACUAUUUCAUUUUUAAACUUUAUUUGUGCAUCUCCGUGUCUGGAUUUAUUAUUUUUUAUUUACUUAUGUAGUAAUAUUGUAAUAUUUUAGUUAUCUAACCUUGUUUUUAUUAGGGACGGCAUUGGUAUAAAAAAAGGUUAUUGGGAUAGAACUCAGAUGCAGCCACAUUAUGAAUACGAUGGAACUACGGUACGGAAAAAAAAAAAAAAAACCGGGAAAUUAUUAGGUAUCUAAUUGCCUGUAUCCGAUUAAAUCAAUUACAAUUAAAAUUGUAUUUUGAGUUGGUAAAAAUCUAUUAUACUGGAUCGAUUUCGGCAAUAUUUCACCUAAUGGCAUACGCAUUUUGAUUUAUACGAAUAUUAUAGUACAACAUUUUGCUUGUGGAUUCCCUUCAUAUACACUCAAUUUUUUCCCCACAACAGUUAAAAGUUUAAAAUUACCUAUGUACGAAAAAUGCAUGUGUGUUUGUUCGUAAUUAUCAACGAGGUCGAAAGUAUAUGGAUAUGUUGUAAAACGUUUGUAAAAUUAAAAUUUUUAAACGUGUACGAACCUUUCUGUUUUUCUUAAUUAACAUUAUAUUAUAAUAUGUGUGUUAUGUGAUGUAACUACCACGAGUGUAAUAUUUGGGGUGUAUAAUGAUUCGAUUUUAAAUAAAUAAAAUACACGUUAUUAUAUGUCAGCUAUUACUACGAAUCAAAUGAAUAAUAGAAAAAUUACAUGAACAAUAUAAAGCCCACAUUAUAAAUGGUUUAAUAUGUAAUACUGUUAUUGUAUGUUAUUUUAAAAAAGUUUCGAUUUUAAAAAUCAUAAUCGUAUGGUCAUUUUUAGUCGUUUGUUAUAAUCGACUUUAGUAUUAAAGAAAACGUACACAUUAUGCAAUCAUUUCGAUCUGUACUAAAAUAAUGAAAUUAAAUUAAUGUUUUUCGCUCUUAGAACUUAUCACCAAUAAAGUAAAAAAAAUAUACUUUCCAUUGAAUAGGUAUCCAUUAUUAUCAUAGAUAAUAUCACGUUUUGUUUUAGGCGUAUUAUUCUACAUACGCCUAAUACAUUAUUAGUAUAUAAUUUGCGAAAUGAUGAUUUUGAUAUACAACUCAAUCAAUCAAUUGGUAAUUUUUAUUCGAAAAAAUUGUAAUCAAAAUAAAAUGCGUAUCGAUAAAAUGCGUAUUACGUUUUAUUAAAUACCGUAGUUUUAACUCUUUUUAGUAAAAUAUCAUAAAAGUGUAACACCAUUGUUCUCUGGUAUUACGAAAUAAAGACUAUAUUUAAACUAAUAGUAAAUACGUAUAAAUAAAGAUAAAACUGUAAAUAGAACACUUUUAUUAGGUGGGUUCCUCUAUUUUGUAAUAUCCUGAUCAAAUUAGUAUAUUAAUCAGUAGGCAAUAUUAUUAUAAUAUUUAUUGUACCCGCCUAAUUUAUCGAUUUUAUUUUUUAUCAGUAAUUAUUAUUUUAAAACUAUUAGUAAAAAAUAUAUAUUUUCAAUGCUUUGGUUCAUAUUCAACCUUGAAUUGAUGUGGUGAUGCAGAUAUCAAUAGUUUUACGGUAAAAAUUAAAUAUAACACACCCAAGUAUAAAAUAUGAAUAAUAUAACUGUAACUUGUGCGCCGAACUGGAUCCUUAUUAAUUUAUCUAUCGUCCCAACAAGCUAUUUCGUCUCAUCGAAAUGUUUAAAAAAAACCAUCAGUGAGCAGCAUAACUUCGUUACUAUAAAGUUGAAUUCCCCCCUCCCUUUCACCUAUUUUAUAUUAUAGAAAUAUUCUUUGUAAAACAAUAAAUAAUAACCGAAGAAUAAAACAAUAAUACAAUACCCACUAAACUAUGCUAUAAUAUUAUUCUAUUCCUAAAAAGGCACGUCCUUGAUACGAACACCAAAACUUUCAUCCCUCUGACUUUUAAUUUGGGGUGUUCAAAAUUAAAAAAAUAUUCUCUACCCACAACUGUAUAGUGGAUUUCAAGCCAAAGUUGUUCACUUCAAUCCGCGUUUAAAAUAAUUCUGAUUCUUGAGUUCAAGUAAGAAGGAAGCCGCUAAAAGUAUCCAAAAAUAACGGGGAAGAGAUUAAUAUAGGUACCUACACACAACAAACACAAUAAUAUUGACAGAGCAAUAUUCUCAAUUUCAGCAAAAAUCUCUAAAUAAAUACAGAAAUUUUUAAUAAUUAUAAAAAUAUUUAUUGUUCUAUCAUCAACUCUAAUAAAUUAAUUAUAUAUAUAUAUAUAUUUCGAUUAGAGUAUCUUUCAGUAAUAAAUUAUUAUCUUUUUUUUUUAUAUUGCACGUUUGCGGCCUUAUAUGAUAAAAUAAGUGAUGACUGAUUAGCACGAUCAUUGAUAGCUGAACGAUAGCCGAGUGCUUCCGAUUAUUUGAGGUGUACAAUUUUAACUAGGUACAUACUUAAUUAUGUAGCCCUAUUAAUUAAUAAUUAAUAACGAUUGUUGGUCUAAACAUUUUAGAUUCUGAGUGGAGUGAAGAAGCUUAUGGUUUUACAAAGAUGUAAAUUCUUUAUUUUUUAUUUUUUUUUUCUGUGAUGGACAAUUUUUUUACCGAAGGAUUUGCUCCAAUUUUUACGUGUAGCAAAUUUUCAGAAAGGUGUGGGGAGGGAGGUAUCUUAAAGAGGUCAUUUUUAAAGGAAAAUUUACAAAAUAUAAUACAUAUAGUAUUAAGAUUUUUUUUUCUGUGGACAACUUUUCUACCAGCAAUUUCGCUCCAAAAUUUAUUGACAGCAAUGUUUCUGAAAGGAAGUUUCACUGGAGAGGUACUUUAAGGAGGUCAUUUUUUCAUUUUCCCCGAGUUUUCUCAACAAAUAUGAAAAAUCGAAAGAAACGGAGGAAAAACGGGAAAAUGUACGAAAUAUAUUUGUUUAAUUUUUUUUUCUAUGGAUAUUAUUAAAGAAAAUAUAUAUAGCCUAUUUAAUUAUUUUAAUAUAAUAUCACAUAUAUAUUGUCGACAAAGCAUCACUAUCUACUGAACUCAGCUCAGAAUCGUUUUUCGUAAGCAAUGGUUUAGUGGGAAGUAUACAUUUUUAUGAAUAAUUAAUGUAAGGUGGGUGUGAAGCGAAGCCCCCAUGGAUUAGGUUGAGGUUAAUUACCCUACUUUUUUUAUAUAUAUCAUAUAAAAAAUGACCCCCUUUUUUAUUUAUUCAAUUCAAGCACUGGGUAUUGGUGUAAAUUAUGUACCACACAAAUUUUUUUCAGCUCUAUAAAUGACUAUAUCUGUUUUACCUUAGUGCUGUGGCAUAUUUAGGAUUCUGUCAAGAAAGUAAUACUUAAGUAUCUACUAAAUUUAGAAAUUGUGUAUAAAAUAUACAUUUUUGUAAGAAAUGUAUAAUUCACAUGCCCUGACAUUUUCAUUGAAAUCAAAUAUCUAGGUACGAGAACUAGUAAUUAUUAUAAGUACUUAUUAUAGGUAAUAUCAAAUCUACCCUCAUUCAUACUAUAGUGGUUAGAUCGAUUUUUUUUUAACCUUCGUCUGACAGCGAAAUUUUACAACGUUAACGAGCGAUAUCAGUACCUUUGUAUAUUUUGUAUAGCAAUCCUCAGUGAAGAUAUUCUUUAUCUGCGAUAAAUAAAUAAUAUUUAUAUCUUAUUCUAAUAAACUUAAACAUCAUUUAGAAACAAAAUUGAUGUUACUUUCUUUUUACAUAAUUCACAUGUAAAAUGUAUUAUUACAAUUGUACCUUCACCGCCUUUAAUGAGUGUAUUUACAAUUCGAUUUCUUUUCUUAGGAAAAGUUUAAGAUAUUCGUCUCAAGUUAACUUAAUAUUAAUUAACUAAGCAAUUUAGAGAUGUCAUAACCAGGGCGAAAUAAAUGUUUCCUCUUAAAUACUCCACUGCCUAUGAUGUGAAUCCAUAUCACUUUUAAAGAUAGUCGGAAUAGGUUCUUAAACUGAAAUAUACCUAAUAGAUCUACGCAUACAUAUACGAAAAUAAUAUAAGAAUACAAUAUACCUAUUCCUAGAAAACUAAGUUAGGUUAGGUAGGUUAGAUUACUAAUUACGCUUUGCCCCACAUUUCCAUAUUCUACAUUUAUUUUAAUUAGCUUCGAGACUCAUUGUAUCCGUUUAAAUGCUUGCUAGUUAGUAGGUACCUAAUUACUGUAUUGUAAUAUUAUACAUUUAGGAAAAAGGAAAUAUGAAACAUUAGAUAUACAAAUAUAUUAUAAUUAGGUGUGCAAAUUUGAAUGUAAAAAGUGUACACUAUAGUAUUUAACUACCUAUUAUGAGUUAUCGUUACUUUUGGCGUAUAUCAACUAAAAUGGGUACUUCUGUGUUAUCUUGACUACUUUGAAUGCAUAACCGUGUUAUCUCGACAACUGAAAUAUUUCCAAGACUACCUAUUAUGAUCAUCCAUAUUAUCUCGACUACUACCGCAAUUUAUUAAACAAUAAAAAAAUUAUACAUCAUAUUAUAUCGCUGAAAUUUAAUUAAAAUUUAGAUAACAUUUAAUUAACAUUUUAAAAUGUUAAGCAAAAAUUAAAUAAUUAGUAUAGUAAAAAUAUCUGGUAAAAAUAAUGUAAAAAACAAUCUAUAAUUUCGAACAAAAAUAAAAUAAAAAAACAUUUAGUUAAUAAUUAUUUUACGGAGGAAAGUUGGUUUUAAUACCCAUUUGAAUUCUAUUAAAUGGUGAAUCGUUUGCAAGGUUUUGUCGCUUCCUUCUCUGAUGAUGAGAAAUUAAACAAAUUCUUGUUGACAAGACGAAGUGCGUAGGUACUGAUAGUAUAUUAUAAUAACUGACUACAAUAAGCGCAACUAGACCACCAAUUCUGGGGGUGCUAAAAUUAUGAGCACACCAAAGACCCAUGACUACUAUGCCCCCAUAAUCCCCUUUCUAUGACUCUUACAAUAGUCGACUACACCUUUCAUUUACAAUUUUGUAUGUACAAAUUUAUCAUGAUUAUUUUAACAUUAUUUUUUAUACACACAUGCAUGGUCUGUGGGAAACCUGUAUUUUGUUCUGUCCAUGAACUAUGAAAUACAUGGAUAAAAUAUUUUGUCAUUACUACGAAAAACCUGAUUAGGUGUUUUGGGGGUGCUAAUUUUAAACCCGGUGAUAAAGACCCCUUAGCAAGUCCCUAGUUGCGCCUAUGCUAGUGACAAUACUAUGGACAAUUAGAACGACUGUCAACUGACUGACGAAAUAAAUACCGACAUAAAAUUAUAAAUUAUAUAUUACAAUGACACAGAUUACAACGCGGGAACAUACAUUUCUAAAUAAAUUCCUAUACGGAGGUAAUCGAGAUAACCCAGAUAAACUAAAUACUAAAUUUACUUUAUUUUACUUUACCAAAUUUUCCUAUCUACAACAGGUUUUUUUGUUUUACACAAUUUUUAUAGUUACUAUGGUUUUGUAAAACAAAAAAACUGUUGUAGAUGGGGAUAUUUGGUAAAAUAAAAUAAAGUAAAUUUAGUAUUUAGUUUACAUAUAGGUAAUACGAUUUUGACGAGAAGAUUUCCUAUAAUGUUUAACAUUAAGGGGGGAGAGGGAUUUCUGUGAGUAUUUUUUUUAUCUAAUCGGUGUAUUCUGGUAGUCCCUUUUUUAAAUUCUUAGUUUCUUUUUUUCUAUUCAUAAUGGGUAGACCUAACGAAAAAUAACGAAAUCAAAACUUUAAACACGAGCGUUUUAACAAAAUAGAGACCCGGAAACACCCCGAAAUCUUAUUUAUUAAAAUUUAAAUUUCUAUGCAUAAGUGCACAUUUGCGGAAACUGCAUUAGACCAUAUCCAACAUUCUCAACUUCUCACCUACAACAAUUAUAGCCUCAAGCCUGAAAAUAGUGCAUAACCGUAACCUAAACUAACAUUUUCCUUAAUAAUUAAUAAUCUAUAAAUAAUUAUUGAUACAGGUAAUGUUCAAUUACAUUUUAUAUAUUAUGAGUAUUGGAUACAAUAUGUUAUAUAGGCAUAUAUAUAAUUAUAUUCGUAUUUCGAUUAAUUUUCUUAAUGGUUUCUAAUUAAGUUAAUUUUUUUUUAUUAAUUUGAAAUUUCAUAAAAUAUAUACCUGUAGAUAUUUAAAUAUUUAUUUCUAGCAUUUAUUGUUUAUAAAUAAUAUUUAUAUAUUUAGAUGUGAACAUAUCAAAUAGUCCAGUUACACUCUGUAUACACCUAAUCCAUUUUUGUAUUUUUUUUAAAAAAAAGUUUCAAUUAAAAAUUAAUUUUUAAUUUUACCACGUUCAUUUACAACACUAAUUACAAAAUGUCGAUUGUAAAAGUUAUCACCGUACAUUUAAUAUACAAUGAGAACUCGUAUACCUAAAAUGCUUAAAAUGCAUAAACCACAAUCAUUUCGUAAUAUCCGCCUAAAAUAUCACGUGAUAGAUUUAAUAAUAAUUAUAAAAUAUAACUAGAUUUAUUAAAGAUUCUAAUUACAGUUUCUGUAAGUUUUCUUUAAACAUAUUUCACCUUUGAUAAUAUUUUACGUAUGCAAUAUUAUCAAAAUCAUAAUAAUAAUAAUAAUAUUUAAUAUUGACCUUCAGAAAAACUGCAGCAUUCGGAAUUUUUAUUUUUUAUCAAUGCAACAAUAAAAGCUGUUACUUUUUUUUUGUUCUUGUAUGUAUUUGGUAUACAAUUAUUUUGUUGAAUUUUUUAGUUUAUAACAUAAAGGUUAAAAACUGGUCGUUUUUUUAGCGAUUAAUAAUAUAGUACGUUUUAUUUGCAAAUUGAAACGUUCUAAAUAAUAAAAGUUAAAAAAGUAUCAUAAUUUUUUACCGUAAUUUCAUUAGUAUAAUUUUAGAUUCUGAGCGAAGCGAUAUUCUGACCGUAACUUUGAAAAAAAGGGGGAGGGGUUGUUGAUGAAAAAUGUUGUCUAGUUGGUGCAUUAAAGAGGUCAUUGAUUAUUUUCCUUGCGAAUUUCUAAAAUUAUAAAUAACUAUAUAAAAAAAAACAACUGAGCAUAUCGGAAAAAUUAUUAAAUAUACGAAAAAACGAUUUUUAUUAUUUUCGAUUUUAUUAUUUUGUUUUGAUUCAAUUAGAAAUAAUCUUAAAUGCUUGAAAUUAGCUUGAAUACUAUGUCCUUUGUAGAUGUGAUAAUAUUUUCAAAACAUUCGAGUGAUUUUUGAGUUAUUUAUAAGUUAUAACCAUUUGUAAUUUUAUUGUUUAUUUAGUUUUUAUUUCGUUUUACGUAGAUAAAAUUAUUUUGAUCCGGCGUAAAUAAUUAAAAAUAUAAAGUUAUAGAUAUAAUGUGGUAUAAUAUUUUUAUUUUGAUAAUUGUUCAAAAUUCAAAUAUGUAUGAAAAUCAUAAUCAUAAUCGAGGAAUUUCAAAAUAUAUUUAUCUAAAUUUGGCUCGGAAUCAGGUUUUGUUAGCAAUAAAUUUAUAUAGCAAUUAUGUUAGCAAUUUAUUAUAGAUUUAAAUUAAAUUACCAUAUAUAUCUUACUUUCCCAAUUCCCACAUACAACAUUUACAUACCCAUCAGCAGUAUUAGCCGUCUUUUUUUAAAUAACAAUGGGUUUACAAAUUUAGGUAUUUUAAUAAUUGUAUUGCAAACUUGUAUUUACCUAAGUUUAAUACUUGUGUAGUUUAUACUUAUACAUAAAUAUAAAUAUUAAAAUUAUAGGUAUUUAAUUAAUAAUAUAAUCCGUUGACAAUAAUUGUAAUUUGUUUGCCUAUACCUAUUCAUAUAUUAUUAGCAAUACCGGUUAAAUUAUAUACUAAUUUAUUGUAAUUAAAAAAUUACCUCAUAAGUUAUAGUUCAUCGGGCAAUCGAGUAUGUAGAAUAGGUACACCGCAGAUUUUGUAUAGAAUCGAUGAUUAGGAACAUACUGAUUAUAAUUUUGAUACCUGUUCGUAAAAAGUAUAUACACAAUAAUAAUUGUUAUUAUUAUUAUUAUUGUUAUAUCAAUAUAAUUAUUGUAAUAUCAAAAAGUAAUUUUACGAAACUAUUUUUAAAUUUAACUAUGGUUAGUUUCAUUUUUUCAAUAUUCUAAGAUUGAUUUUUGUCAAUCAACUUAAAAUAAUCUAUAGGUUCCUAUACAACAAUUAACAUGAUCUUUCAACUUCUUCAAACUUACCUAUUGGCAAGGAACUUUUAUGAAAACUUUUAGAUUCCGAGUGAAUUAGUUUUACUAUGGUGUGUUUUCUGUCUGUAAAUAAAUUUUCAACCAGAAAUCUCGCUCCAAUAAAUGACAAGAGAGUUUUUUUGUAGCAUUUUGGAAAAUUAAAGAUUUGGUGCAUUAAGGAAAUCAUUUGAUUUUCCAAGCAGUUUUCGUAAUAAUUGGGAAAAACGAAUAGGAAAAUAGAUAAAUUUACGGCGAUAAAUGUUUAAUUGUUUUUAUUUUAUUUUUUUUUUGUUUUUAGUGAAAUUUUGAACGUAACAAAAAAUCAUACAAAUUUACUCAACAUCACAUUUUGUCCCGAUUUGGACUGCCUAUUUGAUGUUUAUUUUGAUGGUUUUCAAGUAGAAUUCGCUGAUAAACCGUGGAAACUGUUGACAACAAGCAGAUCAUUACACAUGAUAUCGGAUCGAUUUGGUCUACCUGACAUGGCAAUGGGUUUUGGACAAAAAUUUGUAAUCGUAUCUUACAGACGACCAUUGAAGCGAAUUAAAACGUACGAUAACUUUACUCAAAUAGCAGAACUAAAAUCAACAUUGGUUGAAAAAAUAAAAUGUAUAUCCAUUGGUAUAGAAUCUAUGGUGACAGAUUUUAUUGCAGAAUAUGGAUCACAUUAUAUUGACGAAUACACAAUAGGAGACACUGUUUUUCAGGUAACUCGUUAAGCAUAUAUGCAUAUCCGUAUAUAGAUUUUAAAUAAUAACCAAAUUUACAAUUAUGGCUAAUCUCUAUUAAAGUAUAUCUAUUUUUAUAUUCAAAGGUGUAUUUGGGGGAUGAGGGAUUUGGAAGUUUGACCCAUUGGCUUUUUUAUUUUUACAUAACGUACAAAAUCUUUAAAAAAUAUCCCCACAAGAAAGUUUUCUAAUGAUCUUUCCAUACAAUAAUUAUGUAUAUUUUUACUGCUCACAACAAUAAUGUAUCAUAAUAAUACAAUCGAUUAUUUAUUAAAAGCCAAUUAUUUAUCUAAAUAAUAUCAUUAAUACGUCAGAGUCCGUGAUAGUGAUCAUAUCAUGUUAUUUAUUUAAGUAUGCAUUAUAUCAAUAGGCACUUGAAAAUUAUAUUAACAGUGCGAAUAAUAAUUGGUAUUAUAAUGAAAGUUUAUAAUCAGAAUUUCAGAAUUGUAAUGGACAGAUAGGUAAUCUUUCAUUCUUAAUAUCGAUUAUGUGAACAUGUAAUUAUAAUAUAAAUAAGUCUUUAAUUGUUUAAUCUACUACGUUAAAAAAAAAAAAAAUAAUAAAAACAAUUAAUCAAUAAUUAGGUAUAUUAUCGUAAUAUUAUACCGAACAUAACAUUAAGGAAGUCCGCACUCAAUGUUAUUAAUAUUAUUAUAGGCUCUUAUAUAAUAAUGUAUACAAUAUCUUUCUACGCGUUUUGAAGUUCAGUCAUAUCAGAAACUUAAGGGGGCUAAGAGGAUUGCAUUGGACAUCGUUUUCAAACAAAUGUUUCUAUAUAACGCUAACAUCAUUAAAAUGUGUGCUCUCGCCUCUCAAUUUUAGUUGGUAAUAUAUUAUUACUUUUAUUUUUUUAUUAUCUAAUUAUUAUACUCGAAUAAACCUUAAGAAAUUAAUAAUGUUCAAAUUAUAGCACGAUCUUAUAGAUAAACAAUAUGAAUGUACAGUGGAAUACCGAAUGAGAGAGUACUAAGUAAUUAAAUAAUUAUUACAUAAAUAACACGAUUAUAUCUGAAAAAAAAAAAACUUAAUAAAAGCCAAAAGUGUGUUUAUUUAUGUCUGUUGAAUAUGUGUAACAUGUAUAAAAUAAACGAACAAAUUAUUUUCGUCAAAAAUCGAUAUUUAUUGGGGUGGGGGAGGAUUAGCAUAAACAAAAAUACCACCCGAUUGCCAAAACCCGAGUACGUCUUUGAAUCAUAUAUCUGCUAAAACAAUAACCAAUAUGACGCAUAAAUAUGAUUUUUUUUCCAAUUUGAACCGAUUACAGUGGAGAAUCUGUUCAAAUAUUACUACCUACUGCUAUCAUCGUUCAGCAUGAUGAUGCGUAGGCUAAUCUUCCACUAAAUCCCUUAGCGAAUAAUAUACAAAAUAUAUACAGAAAGCCUAGGAACUCUAACUAUAAAUGUUCAUGUUUUCAAAAAAAUAUACAUGAUAAUGUGAAACGAAAAUGAAAAACGUCGAAAUUAUCAAGUUUUCUACAAUUAUUUAUCUUUUUUAUUGAAUUCUAAUCAAAAUCGAUUUUGUUUGAAAAAUUUACAAAAAUAUCUUUAUUGGUAAUAAGUACGUUUAUCAUAAGUCAAUAUAAUAAUGCGUUUUUAUCUUUAAUAAUAUUGAUUGUUCUAAUAGUCCAGUUUCACUUGCUUGUUUUUCAUACCUAUAGGUUUUGGUAUACCUCCCGGUGUUCUACGACAUGUUUUACAAGUGUGUGCUGAACAACUGUUCAGAAUCAGAUACGGCUCUGUACUUAUCCCCAGUGUACACGGAAUACCAGGGCCAAGUGACGAGCAUCGGAUCUAAGGACAUUAUGGAAAAAUGGAUAGAAACCAAUUUGCAAAUGGAGACCUCGCAGGGUGACAAGUACGUUAGUCUAUACGCACUCAAAAACCGUCCGGACUUGUGCCGCGAGUUAGCCACACACAUGGACGGCCAGUCGGUGGUCGGGCUUCACCUGAAAGUCGUGUCGACGUUUUUUGCUGACCCCGUUAAGAGGACGUGGUUCGCCGAAGUGCUAGACAAUCACGUGAAACUGCGUGAAGUCAAUCUCUGAUAUACCUCCAAUACCUACCAAUACCUAUCUACCAAUACCUCUCUUACAGUAAAUAUCAUCACCGAAUAGACCGCAAACAUACUCGUAUAUCUGCAGACUAACGUAAGACACUCAUUAUUUCGGAAAUUAUUUAUUUUAUUCAGAAUUUUUUUUUAGAAAAUUUAAGAAACAAUUAGCUAUAAAAUGUUACGUUACUGCUCUUUCUCGUUAUCUAUAUUUUAGGAAGUGGAACUACCCAGUUAUAGUUUUGAUAUAACAACCUAAAUUAAAACUUCCAUAAAAAAAUGAUAUUUUAAUGUUGAUAUUUUUAAUUUUCGUCAACGUGAAUUAUUCAUAUUUUAAAUUUAUAAUUUAAAAGUUAGAGGGAUAGUGGUGGAGCAUUAUUUGUAGCGUGCGAUGUUUAAUUACUAUUUAAUUUAUAUUCAAUAUAAAUAAAACCCUUACCAGAAAACGAUUAACUCAAUAGUAAAAUAUCUCUGAUUUGGGGGGAUCAAAAAUGUCAAGACCAAAAUGAAUUCAAACUCAAACUUCAUACUGAUGAAUAAAUUAUUAUGAAGUUAAUUUUUUUUAUGUAGGUUGCCAUUUUAAAACUAAAAGUGGGUUUCAUCUUCAAAAAUUUAGAUUACAAAAGAUAAGGGCAAUGGCAUAUUUUAGAGCUGCUUAGUUUUUACAUUUUCUAAAAAAUAAAUUCUAAAAAAUUUAGGUAAUAUCUAUUUUUUUAAAUAACGGAUGUCUUAUGUUAUGUAUAAUAUACUUUGUAUAGUGUAUGACAAAAAUUAGUCUGGUGACCAGUUGGUAAAUUCUAAUUUUUGAACGUUAGGUUAAUUUUGUCGUGUUUUUUGAUUAUAAUACGAGUAAGUUUAUACGAGCAGGUAUAGGUUAUUCUACAUUGUCCAUACGAAUAUGUGACAUUCUGAUGAAUAACAUGCACAAGGGGAAUCUAAAUGAUUAUUUAUUUUAUUUAUUAGUGCACAUUGGAAAAAUACUCUUAACAAUCUUGGAUGCUGGAAGUUAAUGGUUAUUGCCUAACCUAUAAAAUUAUAUAUUAUUUUUGUGUAUGGCCAGUUAUAAUUCUCGAAGAAGAUGAUCCAUACUCACAGAGGCGGAUCCAGAAAUUUUUAAAGGGGGCACAUUAUUUACAUUUUUGGUAAAUUAACUAUCAGUUUUGUAUCAAAUUAAUAUAAAAUAUACAAAUAAAAAUUGUAGUCCAUUGACAAGGGUGCACGUGCCCUUAUGCCCAUCUGAAUUUACCACUGUGCACUUAUGUUAAAUAAUCAUGUUUUUCUUUUCAAUCGUAACUUGAAUCGUGAUACCGAUACUUGCAGCAUGCCAGUAUAAUAUUGUAUUAAUAUGUACCUACAUACUUAAUGCACAAUAUUAUUAAAUUAGAACUAUUAAUGUAAUAUACAUGUUGAUGUCAAGUCAAUUUUAAUGUACCUAACUAAUAUCUACCUUAUUGAUUUGUUACUUUUAUAUGUUUGAUGUAUAAAUAGGCACAUUAAGUUUAAACCUACACAUAGGUUUUAAAGCGUGUACAAAUAUACAUAUUAUAGGAUUUAUUAAAAUAAAAAUCAGUAUUUCUAAAUGUGCCCAUACAUUACAUGUAUUCAUGCAUUUAUCGUACUUAUAUCUUAUUCUUAUAUUUAUUUGUGUUGAGUUGUGCAUUUCCAACAAAUAGGUACCUACCUACCUAUACUAGUACACUAUACUAGUUAUUACCAACUUUAAAACUUUCUGACUAUAAGUCAGCUAGAAGUUUUAUUUUACAAAGUGAUAUUAAUAAAACUUAAAACAUUUUUAUGUAAUUAUAAUUAAAAAAAUAUUAUAGCAGAGGUUUCCACAGUGUGGGUCACGACUCAAAAGUGGGUCAUUACUCAUAUUUUUAGCGGUCUUCAUUAUAUUUUUAAAUAGAAAUAAAACAUUUUUAGAUUAUAAGUGGAGCGAGGAAGGUAUUGGUUUUAAAAUGAUGUUUACUUAUUUUUUUCUAUCUGUAAACAACUUUUUACCAGAGAUCUUGCUUCGAUUUACAAGCACUUUAUAGCAUUUUCUCUGAAAGUAAAUCUGACUGGGUAAUACCUUAGGGAGGUUAUAUUUUGAUUUUCCUAAGAGUUUUCCCAAUAAUUUGGAAAAUUGAAAAAUGUACACAAUUUUGGUAUUAGUUAUAAAAAUAUUACAGCCAAUCUAUACUUGCCAAUAAGAGUAUCCGAUUAAACAAACUAUAUGAACAAUCCAGAAAUGAAAAUUAAACAGAAAAAAAAGGGCCAUUGAUAUUAUUCUGGGUUGCCAAAAUUUAAAUUAUUUCCAAAAUAGGUGGUAUCAUAAAAAGUUUAGGAACCUCUGUAUUAUAGCAUUUAUAGGUACUUAUAUAUUAGAUAUACUAUAUAAGAUAUUAUUUGAAUUGAAUAGAAUCACUACUGCUGCUACUUUAAACUAGAAUGAUUGAUAACAUCUAGCUAUAUUUAUACGUCAUGCAGAGUGACGAAUUUCAGUCUUAUAAAAGACCCGAAGAUGUCAAAUCUAAAAGCAAACAUAAAUAAUUGUAUAAAAUAACAAUUUAAAAUAUUUUCUUCACAUCAGAGUAAGAUCCAGGAUAAAAUAACGAGGGAGGGGGGUUGAUUUCAAAAAUGUAUAUAAAGCACGUUUAUGAUGAAAAUUAAGUAUAUUCAUGGAGUAUAUUCAUUAAGUGUAACCAGGGAUAUUUAAAUGUUCAUGACCCCUCACCUUCUUUUUGGUUCUUAUAAGACGGGGGGAUACAAUUUUUGUUAUAUUUUUCUCAUACACUAAUUAUUGAACAACUAAAUAAACUAUUUAGUAUUUUGUUAUCCUUUUUUUUGUAUUUAAUAAUAGGUAAUAAAGGUAAACUUCCCAGAGUUAAAAUUUAAUUAUUUGAAA